AUCAAGUGCACUUUAGUCCAACAUGCAUUUUCGCGGUUUUGUUUGAGAGGGGUGCCUGGCUAUGGAGCUGAGACCCUUGAAGGUGUUCCAGGUGACAGGAUUGUCUCUGGUGGACAGAGAGAACAUUGGACAGCAGAUAGAAGACCUGGGAGGGACAUAUAUUGACUCAGAGGCUUAUAUACCCAGUUGCACCCACCUGAUAUGUGGUAAACCCAGCAGGAGUGAGAAAUACCUAGCAGCAUGUGCCACAGGGCGCUGGGUUCUUCAGCCCAGGUACAUUAAGGACAGCCUUGAGAUGAAGCAGUGGUUGUCAGAAGAGGAGUAUGAGUGGUCAGCAUCCGCCCUCAAGGCCAGUGGUCUGCCCUAUGAUGACCUCCUGCCGGCUGUACAAGCUGUACGUCGCUGGAGACUGAACUGGUCAAGAUCUGGCCUGGGGGCAUUCGCAGGAUGGAGGGUGGCUGUAGUGGUCAGCAAUGCCACCAAGAAACAAGUAUACCGGAGGUUGUUGAAGAUAGGUGGAGCCACCGUACACAACUUGUCCCUUCCCUUGAGCAGCUGUAACAAGCAGGUGUCCAGUUUAACUCAUAUAUUUGUGGACCGUGAGAAUGCCCCAGGGGCUGCAGUGGAAGGGGCGUGGUGCCUGAGACCUGAGUACAUAGGAGAGUUUUUGUUUAAGGACCCUCCCCCUGAUCCUCAUAAUUUCUCUGUGGAGGUCAACCAGCGUCCAGAUCCUACCAAGUUCUCUGUAGUAGCAGGUCCUGACCACCAACCUGAAGAGAAAACACCAUCUGGCACAUCCAGAGUUGAUUGUCAUAGUUUUCAAAUUACUGGUACUCCCAGAGUGCAACAAGCUGAAAGUGCCAAUGUUCAACAGCUAAAUCCAGUUUCAAAGAAUUGUGACCUUGUGGAGAAGUCCCCAUUAAAAGCUACAAGUUCCCACAAAGUACAGUCUAAGGCAGGGAUACGUGAUGGUCCCAAAGUGAAACAAUCUAGAAAAACAUCUGCUAUCAGUUUCAAGGGAGAAGAGUCCAAAACAACUCCCAAAGUCAAACAGUCCAGCAUUAUGAGUUUUCUUGUGCCUUCCCCCAAACCAAAGGACCAGAAACCCCAGUGUUCUGGGAGCAAUGAUGCCUUGACAGGUUCUUCUGUUGAGAAACCUGGGAAUUCUUCAAACUGUGCAAGUACAGGAAAAUACCCAAAAUUGAAAGUUUUAAAUGAGCGGAGCCCAAGCAAGGCAUCCCCAGUUUAUCAGAGAAGUAUGUUAAGGGGACAGAGAAAGCCAACACAUGACUUGUUGAAAGAUUUGGACAAACAAGAUGUCUCCAAAAGUACAGAGACAGCCACAGAUUGGAAUGCUGGGAAAACAUCUGGCACGGUAUCUCCACUGAGGACACGCUCUAGAACUGCAGAUAAACUGCUGCCCCCUGGUGUUAGCUGCUGUCAACCUGAACACUCAGAUCUAGUUUCAUCAGCUCAGGUCAGGAAUACACCAGAAUCUGUGGCAGCCUCAGACUAUGACUGUUCUCAAAACAGCGAUACUUCAGUGGGUUCUUUGCAGCCAAGAGUUAAAUUACAGCGGCUUGAGAUGGACACGGACUCCCUGCCAUUUUCAUUAACUACUUACUCUGACCACACACAGUCUUCACAGGGAGGAAGUAAUAACAGGAAGAGAAAACUGGGUGGGGAGGAAAACAUGGAGAAGGAAAACAUAACUGGAAAACGGAAAAAGCUUCCUGGAACUGGAAGUAUGUGGCGUCCUCGUAAUGCAGAUUUCCUUACAAGUUUGAAAGACAAAAAUGGCAUGUUGCUGACUGAGGAGAGGUCACACCCGCUGACCAGGACGGUGACCGGUCUGUUUGAGACGGGGCUGGAGGAGGGGAUGAUGGUCAUGGCAGUCAACUCCUUGAUGUCCCUGGUAUCGAGGCAAAGAUAUCCUCAGUCCAGCACCUUGUACCAGCUGAUGAAUAACAUCCUGAUGGUGUCUACAGAUGAGGUCACCAUGUACAGGGCCUAUAAUGCUCUGCGUCGCAUCAGUACCUGCCACCCGCCAACCACACCUGCCCUGAGGACCGUCUACCUCCACGCUCUUCAUAAAGAUGGUGUCUGCAACAAGGAGAAUACUGCAGCAGAGUGGGAGUUCAUCAGAGGAAUACUGGAACAGCUGAUACAGAGUCCUGAAGAAAGAGAAGAGGCACCGUCCCUUCACCCCCUGCACCACACCCGCUGUCUUCUACUAUUACAGUACCUAGUCACAUUACUAGAGCAGGACUUCCAGCAUAUGAUGUUAAGAACAAGGAAUAGCUCCCUCAACAAACAGGCACCAUCAUGUAUGCUGGGGAAGAUACUGUGGCCUUCUGGUCCCCCUGGAACCCUGAAUACCUACUGCAAAGAACUGCUGGCUUACCUUACCUCUAUAGCAGCCAGCAAGGAUAUAACAAAUAAAAACACAGCUGUUCAUUUGGUGCAGAGUUUGAUUACCAUGGCAGCUGCAUACACACAGUUGUUGGAGAGGGUGAAGACAAAGGAGACCUCCAAUAUUGGUGACAGAGCUGUGCACUUUGCUAGGGAGGUGGCCCUCAAAAUUAUGACUGAAAACUUUGAAGAUGUGUCUUCCUAUGAGCUGGUGUUAAACAAUCUGAAACCAUCUUGGCUUUGUAUGAAAGUUUGUGAACAUAUCCUCGACUUACACGACGAGUCUCUUUUGCCACUGAACUGCUACCAGGGGGAGCCACUCAGCCUCAGGAAGAUUGUGUCCAGAUAUUUCUAUGUACUCCCAGUAUUGGAGGACAAGUCACUGAUUUCUCCACACAAGAAACUGAAGUCACUGAACAGCACACCUUUAAAAGAUUUGGGUGAUCCAAACCAAGGCAGUAUAUCUACUCAGGCCCGUAGACCCCCCAGGGGAACGGUUAAUCACUGGAGCCCGGCAGAAAAAAGGAGGAUUUCACAGGUCAACAAAAGGAAUCCAAGAGGUGAAACACCUCUUCACGUGGCUUGCAUCAAGAAUAAUGUGGCCAAGGUGAAGGAACUUUUGGCCACCCCAGGGGUAGAUGUGAAUGCCGCGGACUACGCAGGCUGGACCCCCCUCCAUGAGGCCUGCAACCACGGCCAUAUUGACUGUGUUAUGGAGUUGCUCAAGUACAAGCCACAGAAGACUAUGUACAGCUACUUUGAUAAUAAUAAUUGUCAUAAGGAGUCAGGUGUGGAUCUGAGGGUGUGUAAUGUGGAUGGCAUCACACCUCUCCAUGACGCUGUCCAGAACAACCACCUAGAGGUGGCCAGGGUACUACUGAACUAUGGGGGUGCCUCACUGCUGAGUCUUGCCACCAAAGAUGGCAGUGUUGCCCUGGACUAUGCUUGCACUGAGGAGAUGAAGAGCCUGCUGAAGACGCCUAUUACUGGACCUCUGCCAGGCCACAACUCUGCCAGGAGACGACUGUACUCUACAGCAUGUGCCCAGUCUUCUCAGGAUUGGUCUCAGACAGAGGAGGCUAGUACAAGGUUCCUGCCUGAUGCAGAGGUGUAUGCAGAAGUUCUGGGAGUAGAGCCACACAGGAACCAUGCCAGCAGGGAGGAAUGCCACAAACUGGUACUGCUGCUUUACAACAUGCUGAAAACUUACAUCAGCCACAAUUCACUGAAACUGAGGCGUGUGGCAGCACAAGGUCCCAGGGACAACUCCCAGAUUGUCCUGGAUAACUCUCAGGCCUCCCAAGAACUGGAACUUUUAGAAGAUUGGACAGAAAAUCUGUCGAAUAACCGAAAUUCACAUUUUGAUGAAAAUGGUGGUGCCAGAUUGCGAGAUGAUUUAGAUAUUGUGCGAGAUCUUCGCUGCCAUGUACGUGACUUUGAGGUCCAUGUGAAUAUUUUAUAUGGAGGUGAAAUACCAGUAUCAGUCCGAGCUAAGAUUUCAGCUAUGAAGUUCCUGGGGCCAUAGAGUAUACACAUUGCGGACUUUGAACAGUAGCCUCACUAUGGCACCAGUCUGAUCAUGUGACAUACAAACCCAGAUACCUGGGGCCAAAGACUAUACACCACAUGGACUUUGAACAGUAGCCUCACUGUGACACCAGUUUGUUCACGUGACAUAUAAACCCAGAUACCUGAGGCCAUAUAGUAUACACCACAUGGACUUUGAACAGUAGCCUCCCUGUGCGUGGCACCAGUUUGUUCAUGUGACAUAUAAACCCAGACUGUGCCAGAUACUCUGUCUCUCAAUGUAGACAAAUAAGCAUCAUGGCACUUCAGAUUAACGUGAAAUAAGAUUAAUUUGUCUAUUUGCUAUUUUUUAUUUGCUUUCUAGCUGCACAUUAGUAAUUCAUGAUUAUUUUUGUAUUUGUUGGAAGAGAUGGGAGGGGGACAGAAUGUAUCAGUAUAACUGUCAGGGACUAUGUGAGGAACAGGUCACUGUAGUCCCACUAGGACAGAAUAUAUAACUGUCAGGGACUAUGUGAGGAACAGGUCACUGUAGUCCCACUAGGACAGAAUAUAUAACUGUCAGGGACUAUGUGAGGAACAGGUCACUGUAGUCCCACUAGGACAGAAUAUAUAACUGUCAGGGACUAUGUGAGGAACAGGUCACUGUAGUCCCACUAGGACAGAAUAUAUAACUGUCAGGGACUAUGUGAGGAACAGGUCACUGUAGUCCCACUAGGACAGAUUGUAUCAGUAUAACUGAAUUUGGCAGCCAUCUUAUUUCCUUUGAUAUUUCAGGGAUAUUACUUUUAGUCAAAGAUUUAAGAUGUCCAUUACUUUUAAGGAUCUUUUAAUAUUUGCAACAGAGUCAGGAACGAAGUGUUUCUCAAAAGUUCCUAAUGCCAAACAGAUGUAUGUCACAAGUUAACCUGCUAAUAAAGCUGAGUGGUUCACAGCUGCAUA